CAGCAAUAUUUCGAGUGCAGCCUCCUCAUUUGGUAGAAGAUUAGUGAAUUAAACGACUAAAACGCAAAUCGUUUGUGGUCAUUAACAUGUUUAAACAUAAUAUUUUCAGAUAAGAUGAACCUUCAAAACGUUCUAAACAUGCUGCGCAAAUGUAAUAGUUCCGGCAGUAAUAUUUUCAAUUACCCUAAUUGAUGUGCAGUAGAGUAAUUAUAUUUAGGCUAUCAAAUGUACUUUACGUUACAGUGGUUCCCAACCAAGUCAGUCAGUUAAGAACAAAUUCUUAUUUACAAUGACGGCCUAGGUAGUGGGUUAACUGCCUUGUUCAGGGACAGAACGACAGAGUUGUCAACUCAGGGAUUCGCGCUAACCGCCGCCACCUAGAACCCCCAGCGACUCACUCCAUCAUCACUCUGUUGCAUACGUUUCGCUCUAUUCCCAGUGCAAGAUGCAGCAACUGGGCAAAUAACCUGACAUUUGCCAGAGAUAGCUGCUGUAUAUUCUUUCAUUCCUUUAUUGGUUUAUACUUGCAAAUAGAUCGUUUUGAGGCAUCACAUCAUUGGAAUUUGCUCGUGGUGGAAACGGAAUCUCUCUCCUCAGCACCGCCACCAUCCCAUCCCGGAAGUGACACCAUCAGUUUUCACAUUUCAGGAAAAGCAUCAGCAUCUUCAAUGCUUUGACAACGGGGUUUGAAGCUAUUUCCACAACCGCGUUUGGACUGACACAUUUGGCUUUCAAAACACAAUUUGUCGCAGUUUGGAUUCGUAAGACAGUUCGGACAAAUGAAGUGACAAACAGGAUAUGAUGUCAUCGUUCCAGGUGGUGGGCUCUUUGCCCAGCAGUGUCAUCGGCGUCAUGGAAACAUCAAACUUUGCCCAUGUCAUCUUCCAGAACGUUGGGAAGAGCUUCCUGCCCCAGGAGGCACUGGAGUGUUGCUACACCCUCACCUCCUACAUCACCCCCAACCCCAAAGACUGGGUGGGAAUAUUUAAGGUGGGUUGGAACACAGCGAGGGAUUACUACACGUUCCUGUGGUCUCCCAUGCCGCAAGACUACCAACCUGGAAGCACCGUACACAGGGCUGUGGUGUUCCAAGGGUACUAUGUUCCCAAGAGUGACGGGGAGUUUUAUCAGUUCUGUUACGUCACACACACGGGUGACAUCAGAGGCGCCAGCACACCUUUCCUGUUUCGCCCGGACACGCCCACCGAGGACUGUCUCACCGUUACCGAGGAUGACAGCAACUCAGACAUUCUGGUGGUCACCACCAAGAGCAGUGUGCUGGAGCAGCGUGUAGAGGAGGCGCAGCAGGAGCGCAGGGAGCUGUUGAAGACCAUGCACCACCUGCAGGAGGAGAAGCAGCAGCUGCAGGAGGAGCACAGGAGGCUGCACAGAGAGAGAGAGCAGGAGAGGGAGACCUGCAGCCUGCUACGCACACACAACCAGGAGCUGCUGCGCUCCUCCCAGGGCCUGUCAGAGGAGAGGGAGGAGGUGAGGAGGAGGCUGCAGGAGGCCACAGACCGGGUCAGACAGCUGGAGGAGGACCUACUGGGAGUCACACAGAGAGGACUGCAGAAAGAGACCGACCUGGACUGUCUGAGAGACAGGUUAAAGAAGCUGACAGCAGAUAGAGACACUCUGGAGACCCAACUGAAGAAUGAGAAGGACGAGAGGGACCUUUACAAGGUCCACCUGCGUAGCACGGAGCUAGAGAACACUAAGCUGAGUGCAGAGCUGCAGAUGCUGAAGGCUGUGGAGCUCAACAGAGAGGUGACCAUCGCUCAGUUCCAGGAAGAACUGGACAGGCUCCGAGCCUGUGUCACUCAGAAGGACCGUCUGGAGAAAGAGCUGCACACACACGCUGUCGACAAGGCUGAGAUGGGUCGUCUGAGGGAGAAGCUUCGCCAGGCUGAGGAGCAGCUCCACGCGUCUCGCCAGCAGGCCGCCAUGUUGGUGUCGGAGCUCCGCGACUCAGCGAGUGCCCGCGACCGCACCAUGACCGAGCUGUACCGCGCCCGCCUGGAGGUCGACGCCCUCCGCGCCAGCCUGGCCGAUGCCCAGGCCGAGUGCCGGCGAAUGGAGAUGCAGCUGGACCGCAUGAGGACCACCUCCCAACAGGAAGUGGGUGUGGGGACCUCCAGUGAGGGGGGGUGUGUUGUGUCUGAGGCGGAGGCUGAGCUACAGAGAGAAGUGGAGGAGCUGAAGCUGCGUCUCCACAUGGCUGCUGAGCACUACAAGGAGAAGUACAGGGAGUGUCAGCGACUCCGCAGGCAGGUGGCCAAGCUCAGCGAGGCCCAGGGGGAGUCAAAGAGAAACGCUGCUACUGAGACGACACAGGAGCCACUGACACCCAGUCCAGAGUCACCUACAGCAGGCAAUCUGGCUGCAGCUGUGCUGAGAGGAGACACUGAGAGGCCUGCUGUCCCUAACCGCAGUUACAAAGACAGGGAACACACAUGCACCAAUACAUUCUCAGGCAUGGAAACCAUGAGAGUAGGGGAGAAAGAGUGGAAGGGGAGAAAUGGGGACGAGGUGGAGAGGGAAGUGAGUGGAGGAGAGGAAGGGAAAGAAGAGGGGAGUGCAGAAGUUGAGAGGAAGGAGGACAGGAGUGUAGGAGGUGAGUUCAUGAGCAUGAAGAUGGAGAGUUGGGUGGAGGUGGAGAAUGAGAGGAGGAGUGCUGAAGAGGAGGAUGAGAGGAGGAGUGUGGAGGAGGUAGAGAAAGAACAGACUCGUUCGGUGGAGGAGGAGCUGGCGAGGAUGGAGGAGAAGUGGGCGGAGCAGUGUGCUAUCAACGAAACGCUCAAACAGAGACUGGCCAAUGAGGAGGAGCGAUUCAGGAUCCAGAUGGCAGAGAGGGUCAUAGAGGUGACAGAGCUGAAGGAGAGUCUGGCUCAGGCCCUCAGAGAGAAGGACCAACUCAAGGAGGAGCUGCAUCAGUGUCAGGACCGACAGAGGGAGCAGGAGGCUGAGGGUCAGGGGUCAGAGGUCAAACAGCCCGUGUUGCUGCGCUACCCCCUGCCCUACCCCCAGGACCCCUCCCCACCCCCCCUGGUACCCCAGAGACCUGCAGAGCUGCAGUACGGGAACCCCUACUCCACCGACAACACUCGAGACGGGGCAGACGGUGCCCUGUCCCCUGAGCAGAUGCCCCGCCCCCCUCCCGAGGCCCCUGGUGCAUGCGCCCCUCCGGCCACCCCCCCAACCCCUGGUGCAGGCUGGGAGAGAGAGGUGGUCUGCAUCCAGCCCUCCUCACGAAGCAUGAGCCCCCCCGACGGACUGGAGCACCCCCCCGAGGAGCCACGCAACGUCGGUGAUGGGGAGCAGCCUGCCUGCAAUCAUCAGUCCAGCAGCAGACGCAACGACAACAGGAGCAGCUUCUGUUUUGACCCCAGUAGUGAGGUCCACAAGCGCUGUCCGUUGUGCGAGGUGAUCUUCCCGCCACAUUUUGAGCAGCGUAGCUUUGAGCAGCACGUGGAGAGCCACUGGAAGGUGUGUCCCGUGUGCUCUGAGCAGUUCCCCCUGGACUGCCAUCAGCAGCUCUUCCAGAAGCACGUGCUCACACACUUUGACGGCCAUGUGCUAAACUUCGACAACAUGGAGUAGCGGGGAGGUUGGGGUGUGUAAAAGGGAAGGUUGGAUUGGAUUAAAUUCAAAUAAUUCUAGGAACGUGUGCUCGGGUUGGGGAUGAUUUCAUUUCAACUCUGACUAGGAGGGAAGAUUACAAAUCAUCACAUCAACAAUUGAAAAAUAAUCUGGGGAAAAUUGCUCUUUUAAAUGUUCUGAAUUUAAAUGGAAUUAACUUCAAUCCUGGCCUCACAUGCUACCGUUCAGUUAAGUAAAGGUUAAAUAAUAAAUAAAUAAAUGCUACCUUUCAAAAACAUCAAGGCGUGUGUAAGAGGGAGUUUGUCAGUUCCGGUUUAGGGAAAUAAUUUGUAAAAAAAAUACUUGGCUUGAGAAGUUCGGAUCACUUUGGUUUUGUCCCAUGUUGAUGAUGUCAUCUUUCUGCUUCGGGGUUGUAGUGUCAUCACUGCAUGUGUUUAGUAUCCGUAGGAUUCAUCACUCCGUAGCCACACCUAGAAACAGGUGACAUCCAGGGAUGGGAGGGGGAGUAGGUUGACGUUGUCUCUGAACAUUGAUCUAAGGUCAGUUUUGGGUUUUACCUGAUGGUUAAGGUUGGGUAAUCUGAUCCUAGAUCUGUGGUUAGGGGAACUAAUGUACAGCGUGACAGUCAGACUUUUUUUUAAAUUACAGGAAAUAGCACUAUUGUUUCAAUUUGACUGCACUAAAAAGGCUUUAUUAUUCUGAAUGUAUGUAUAUAUAUGAGAAGUAGGACUAUUAUGGAGAAAUGUGGCUGAAUUGCUCGUGACCUCAAUGUAUUCCCUCAUGUUUUAGUAAUGACAGAAUGAUGGACCAAUUGUUUUACUUCCUGGUCUCUGUUCACUGGAUAGGCUAACAUUCUCCAGUUGGAGGUAACUGGAAAUAUGACUGCUAUAGAAAACUACUGUACACCUGGCUAUGGUCUCUUUCACUGUGUUAAGUCUAUGACCUUGGACCCCGACAAAGGAGGAAAAGAUGAGUCUAAGUCAGUUUCUGUUGGCUGUGCGUGCAUCUCCACAUUGAGUCUCCUUUAAUUCUUGACAUCUGUCUGUCUGAGAUUUGACUGUUCUUUCAACGUGACUACUUCUGGCUUCAAAGUUGCAGCUUUGAGAGUGUGUGUGUAGGUUUGUAUGUGUGCAUUAAAAAUAUCUUUGAAUAAAGUACGCCUGUCAAAUGGA